AUGUCCGCUGGAUACACUCAGAAAAUUUCGAAAUCUAACAACGACGAUCGCAUCAGCCUCAACAACCACGUAAACGAUGCCUGCAAAAAGUCGGUGAAGCCAACGAACGGGAUUGCGAGGAUCAUGCCAAACGUCAGCGGUCCGAGAAGCAGCAUGAGACGUCUGCCAGCUAGUGUUUCGUCAUCGAUAAUGUUAUAUGGAGUUUCGGCCUGGGGUGCAGCGCUGAAAACCAUGCAGAACCGCGACAUGCUGUACAGGACGUUCCGGUUGAUAGCAGUACGAGUCGCGAGCGCGUUCAGAACAAUAUCAGUAUGCAAUAUCGCUGAGAUGAUGCACAUCUGCAUCACCCUGGUGGAGGAUAUCGAGCGCUACAAUCGGAGAAACGCGAAGAAGAUUGUGAGAAUCGAUUUGAUGACGAGGCCACGGCUGCAUCAGGAAGCAUCUUCAAAGGAUCGGACACACGUCAUCGUUAUGCCAGGAGUGAGAGAACAUCGAGAAGAUACCGGAGCAGGAAGUCUUCGAAUGUCCAAGGUUUACAGCGGAAAUGGCGUAAUGAACCGAGGCAGAGCACCUGCUAUGGAACUCUCCGUCGGCGGAAGCAAGAUUGGUAUCGGGGACGGAGUAGACCGCAACGAGACACCACCAGUCGCGGGUCGUCGAAGAACCAACGAACCGGAAUCGCCAAAGUGA